AUGUCUCAAGGAACCAAACAGUUCCUGGCCUCCCUUAAAAGACCCAAAAGGAACCUGUGGGACCGCAGCCGUCCUGACGUUCAGCAGUGGAUCCAGCAGUUCAUGUACAUGGGCUUUGAUGAAGCGAGGCUCGAAACGGAUCUGGCCUACUGGAUGGACCACUACCAAUCCAGUGACUCUCCCAUGGGGCCUCGCAGCGCUGCCUCAUACAGGCACGGAGCAAAUGUCAUCUAUGACUACUACUAA